CUCAGCUGCGUCGGCUCUGUCGUUGCGCUUGCCUCUGCUCCUUCGCCGCCUGCGUCGCCAAUUUCAAGCUCAAUUCUCAGCUUGUGGACUCUCUCCACUCGCAUUGCUGAUCUCUUGUAUUCUAAGGUUGGAAGUUGGGUUCUCAGGGGGGAAGAUCAAAUGGCAGGUGUGACGAUGGCAGCGGGUUGUGGGGUGUCGCAGGCCCUCUCUGCCGGUGCGAGUCAUGAAGGUUUGCGACGCAUUGCCCCCGCAUUUGGUACCGUGGUUGUGCCCAUUCCUAGCCGUUGUAAGGUGUCGAGGAGGGUGAAGGUGGAGGCAAUUGCUGAACCUAUAGCGAAGAGUACUGUGCGGACUAUCGAGGAGUGCGAGGCUGAUGUUGUUGCUGGAAAUGCUCCCGCGGCUCCUCCUGUUCCUGCCAAACCCAAGGCUCCGGAGGGUACACCCAGAAUUUCUCCAUUGGUAAUGCCUGCGAGGCCACGAAGAAAUCGCAGAUCUGCAGCUCUUCGUGCCGCUUUUCAAGAGACCACAGUUUCUCCUGCGAACUUCAUUCUUCCACUAUUUGUCCAUGAAGGAGAACAGAAUGCACCGAUUGGGGCAAUGCCAGGUUGCCAGCGCCUUGGAUGGCGUCAUGGGCUCAUUGAUGAGGUGUACAAGGCAAGAGAUGUUGGUGUUAACAACGUUGUUCUCUUUCCCAAAGUUCCCGACGCGCUUAAGUCCUCAACUGGAGAUGAGGCUUACAACCCCGAUGGGCUGGUUCCACGGUGCAUUCGGUUACUCAAAGACAAAUUCCCUGAUUUGGUGAUUUACACAGAUGUGGCGCUAGAUCCUUACUCUUCAGAUGGUCACGAUGGCAUAGUUCGGGAAGACGGAGUGAUUAUGAACGACGAGACAGUUCAUCAACUUUGCAAGCAGGCCGUAGCACAGGCUCAAGCUGGGGCAGAUGUUGUCAGCCCUAGUGAUAUGAUGGAUGGGCGUGUAGGUGCCAUCCGAAAUGCCCUCGAUUUAGCAGGAUACCACGAUGUUUCAAUUAUGGCUUAUACAGCCAAAUAUGCAAGUGCCUUUUACGGGCCCUUCAGAGAAGCACUGGACUCCAAUCCCCGUUUUGGUGACAAGAAGACGUAUCAAAUGAACCCCGCAAAUUACCGCGAGGCUCUGAUCGAGACAAGGUUGGACGAAGCUGAAGGUGCUGACAUUCUCAUGGUUAAGCCUGCCAUGCCCUACCUGGACGUCAUCAGGCUUUUGCGCGACAACACCGCAUUGCCUAUCUCAGCCUAUCAGGUCUCAGGAGAGUAUUCUAUGAUCAAAGCAGCUGCUGCUGCAGGCAUGCUUGAUGAGAAGAAAGCAGUACUGGAGUCUUUGUUGUCUAUAAGGCGAGCUGGUGCAGAUGUAAUCCUCACCUACUUUGCCAUUCCAGCUGCUCAAUGGCUCUGUGCUGAGCGGAUUUGAGCGCAUGAAGUCCAGUUUUAAAAGUUUUCCACUUUAGUCUAGUUCUAUGUCACUGGUGUGACAUGAAGCUUUGCUUCUUUUAGUUCUGCUCCACGAAAGAUGGUUCAGGUUGAAAUUGUAAUUUUAUCAGUGAAAUAUGCACACCUUUGAUAUGAAUUCUCGCA